AAGCGGAAGACAAGACAAUUUUCAGCAUGGCGCGGUGCAUCGUCGUGUGCAUGCAACCAUCGUCUGUUUAGCUUAAUGGUUUGGAAGUGUUUCUUAGAAAGCUAACCAAAAUAUGUCCCUCGUAAGACUGAUUAGGUUGAGACCACGAUUGCUAAACAAUCGAAAUUUUGUCACUACAUCGUCCAGGUCUAACAACUUCAAAGAAGUAGAUGCAAGUGCCUAUGAGGACCGAUGGGCAGCAAACCAGUCUGAAAAGUACACCAAGGUGGAAGAGGUUCCAGGUCGGUGGCACUUUGUGGAGAGGCUGCUUCCACAGAGAGCUGUGCCCCCAGCACCUCAACACUUGGGUCCCACCCCGUCUGGUUGGAUUCCACCUGCAUCAAAACCACCAGCACUCCCAUACUUCGUGAGACGUACGCGAAAUCAUGUGUUGCCUGUCUACAUCUUCAGUGAAAUUCGAGGGCCACGAUUCAUUACCCGUGUUAAGCAUGUUGAAGGAGACAUUUGGGCUCUGCGAGAUGACCUUAAGGCACACCUAGAGGAGCUCACAGGGAAGCAAGUUGUGUCACAGGUGCAUGAACUGGCAUCUUAUGUAGGCUUCAAAGGUUGCUUUAAAGAAGAGUGCAGUAUCGGAAAGCCAGAAUUAUCCUUGGCAGAGGACUCUGGCAAUGAUGAUGAUGAGGGCCAAGGGUUCAAAAUAGAAGAGAUGUCCGACGAGGUGUACCCAAACAACACUCCAGUCUUGAAGCUUGAGUGCGAUGAGGCAUUCCAAGGUCUUACGGCAAAGGAGAAGCUUUAUGCCCACCACCUAUCGCGGGCAGCGUGGUACGGAGGGUUGAUUGUCCUCUUUCAGACAUCCAAAGAAAGCCCCUUGAUAUAUAUCAUCUUGGACCGGCUGUUUCGGUCACAGUCCUUAGAAUCAUUGAAGGCCCUAGCCCUAAGUGAAUGCGAAAUCACGGAGGAUGAAUUUAAGGCGCUGCUUGUGUACGCUUCUGCAUUCUACUCAAACAUGGGAAACUACAAAGGAUUUGGAGACAACAAGUUCAUUCCAGGGUUGCCAAAGGAAAAGCUUCACAAACUCCUGACCCAAAGUGAAGCCUGGAAACAGGACCCUACAAAGAUGCAGUUUCUCUGGGCGGAAGCGGGGGAUUUGCUCUAUUCAUUGAAGGAUCACGAAAAGCAUUUAGGAUUUCCGCCAAAGGGAUCAACUACUUACUUUUCCAAGAACUGUACAGAGAAGGACUCUGAGUUGGUAUCCUCAGUUCUGAAGGAGAAAAACAUGGAGGCGUACAUCACUCGAGUGUUCAAAAAAGUUGCUACCGAGGCAGGUGACGCAGACCGCUUCGACAUCCGACAUGCUUCCGUCCUUUCCACAGAGGACAAUGAAUGGAAAGAAACCAUGGGUAGCAAUCGUCUCAAAAGCAAUCUCAUUUGCUUCACUCGUGGGGACUAUUCUGAGUUGUUGCGACUCACUGUUGACUGUCUCAAAAGGGCGCAGGAGCAUGCAGCUAACGACAACCAGAAGCAAAUGCUAGAAAAAUACGUUGAAAGCUUCACCGUGGGUAGUCUGGACGCUCACAAGGACGGCUCUCGCUUCUGGAUUAGGGACAAAGGCCCAAGUGUGGAAUCGUACAUUGGCUUCAUCGAGACAUACCGAGAUCCAGCAGGCAUGAGGGGCGAAUUUGAAGGGUUUAUUGCAGUUGUGAACAAGCAACAAAGCGAAAAAUUUGCAACGCUGGUGUCCUCUGCAGAGAAGUUGUUGCCACUUCUCCCCUGGCCAAGUGCCUACGAGAAAGAUUUAUUUUUGCGGCCAGAUUUCACUUCACUGGAUGUUGUCACGUUUGCUGCGAGCGGCAUCCCGGCUGGAAUAAACAUUCCAAACUAUGAUGCAAUUCGUCAAAAUGAAGGCUUCAAGAAUGUUUCACUUGGAAAUGUAAUCAAUGCAACGGAUGAGACAACCAAAACAAAUUUCCUUUCUCCUGAGGACAAUGACUUGUUCAACAAAUUCAAAAACAAAUCCUUUGAGGUUCAAGUUGGUCUACAUGAACUCUUAGGCCAUGGAAGUGGAAAGCUCUUCAAACAAGAAAAGGGAGCGUUCAACUUUGAUAAAGAGAAUGUUACUAUUCCAGAGACAAACCAGAAGGUGGAAAGUUGGUACACUGAAGGAGAGAGUUACGACUCUAAAUUCGGUUCCCUUGGCAGCACUUAUGAGGAGUGUCGUGCAGAAUGUGUUGGUCUCUACCUCUGUAACAAUGACGAUGUUCUCAAGAUAUUUGGAUUUUCUGGUCAAGAAGCUGAUGAUGUUGCCUAUGUCAACUGGCUCUCAAUGGUGGCUAAAGGUGUUGAAGGCCUACAAACGUACAACCCACACACUAAGUCCUGGCUGCAGGCUCAUUCACAAGCACGCUACGUUAUCAUGAGGGUGUUGCUGGAGGCUGGCAACCUGGUAGAGAUAAAAGAAACAACUGGAGAAGAUGACAAGCCAGAUUUGCUUGUUACCCUUGACAGGAGCAAGAUAUUAACUUUUGGACGGCCAGUCAUAGGCAGAUUCUUGCUCAAGCUCCAGGUAUACAAAUCUACAGGGGACAUCAAGGCAGCCACCGAACUUUAUAAUAAGUACUCAGAAGUUAGCGCUGAGGGCCAGUACCCAUUUCUCAAGUACUGGGAUAUAGUGAUGGACCGCAAAAAGCCGAGGCGACUUUUCGUGUUUUCUAACACCGUGGAAAACGGUGUCAAUGUUGAACUGAAAAACUAUGAAGCAUCUGUGGAAGGCAUGAUUCAGUCUUGGAUGGAUCGCUUUGCAAGUGAUGCACAGAAGUUGGAAGAGAUCAUAAUCAGUACUUGGAAAAAGGACAAAGAGUACUUUUAGAGCGCUUGUACCAUCAUGCCUAGCGUGCUCUAUUUGCAGUAAAUGUUUUUGUACUUUGCA